GCGCUGGGCCCGCGCCGGGGUCGGGGUCGGGCGGCGGCGCGGCCGGGGGUGAGUCGUGGUACCUGGCGCUGCUGGGCCUGGCCGAGCACUUCCGCACGUCCAGCCCGCCCAAGGUGCGGCUGUGCGUGCACUGCCUGCAGGCCGUGCUGCCCCGCAAGCCCCCGGCGCGCAUGGAGGCCCGAACGCACCUCCAGCUCGGCUCCGUCCUCUACCACCACACCCGCAACGGCGACCAGGCCCGCGGGCACCUGGAGAAGGCGUGGUUGAUAUCCCAGCAAAUCCCCCAGUUUGAGGAUGUAAAGUUUGAGGCAGCCAGCCUUCUGUCCGAGCUGUAUUGUCAGGAGAACUCGGUGGAUACAGCAAAGCCUCUGUUACGUAAAGCCAUCCAGAUCUCCCAGCAGACUCCCUACUGGCACUGUCGGUUGCUUUUUCAACUUGCACAACUACAUACACUUGAAAAAGAUUUGGUAUCUGCAUGUGACCUUCUGGGAGUUGGAGCAGAAUACGCUCGGGUGGUGGGGUCAGAGUACACCAGAGCGCUGUUCCUGCUAAGCAAGGGCAUGCUCCUUCUAAUGGAACGAAAGCUGCAGGAGGUGCAUCCCCUCCUCACCCUGUGUGGGCAGAUAGUUGAAAACUGGCAAGGGAACCCCAUCCAGAAGGAGUCUCUGCGCGUGUUCUUCCUCGUCCUGCAGGUCACGCACUACCUGGAUGCCGGGCAGGUGAAAAGUGUGAAGCCAUGCCUGAAACAGCUUCAGCAGUGCAUCCAGACCAUAUCCACACUGCACGACGACGAGAUUCUGCCCAGCAACCCCGCUGAUCUCUUUCACUGGCUGCCCAAGGAACACAUGUGUGUGCUGGUCUACUUGGUGACAGUGAUGCAUUCCAUGCAAGCAGGAUACCUGGAGAAGGCUCAGAAGUACACAGACAAAGCACUCAUGCAGCUAGAGAAGCUAAAAAUGUUGGAUUGCAGCCCCAUCUUGUCAUCAUUCCAAGUUAUUUUGUUGGAACACAUCAUCAUGUGCCGGCUUGUCACGGGACACAAAGCCACAGCGUUGCAGGAGAUUUCACAAGUCUGUCAGCUCUGCCAGCAGUCUCCCAGGCUGUUUUCUAAUCAUGCUGCCCAGCUGCACACUCUGUUAGGGCUUUACUGCAUUUCUGUGAACUGCAUGGAUAAUGCAGAAGCACAAUUCACCACAGCACUCAGGCUCACUACACAUCAAGAACUGUGGGCAUUUAUUGUGACAAACUUAGCCAGUGUGUACAUCAGGGAAGGCAACAGACAUCAAGAGCUUUACAGCUUGUUGGAAAGGAUAAACCCAGACCACAAUUUUCCUGUGAGCUCCCACUGUCUCCGAGCAGCAGCUUUCUACAUCCGAGGUCUCUUUUCCUUCUUCCAAGGAAGAUACAACGAGGCCAAACGAUUUUUGCGAGAGACACUGAAAAUGUCCAACGCAGAAGAUUUGAAUCGAUUAACAGCGUGUUCCCUCGUUCUCCUGGGUCACAUAUUCUACGUGUUAGGGAAUCACAGGGAAAGUAAUAAUAUGGUAGUACCAGCCAUGCAGCUUGCAAGCAAGAUACCAGAUAUGUCUGUGCAGCUCUGGUCCUCGGCUCUGUUGAGAGACCUGAACAAAGCCUGUGGCAACGCCAUGGACGCCCACGAGGCAGCGCAGAUGCAUCAGAACUUCUCCCAGCAGCUCCUCCAGGACCACAUCGAAGCCUGCAGUCUUCCAGAACACAACCUGAUCACGUGGACAGAUGGACCACCUCCUGUACAGUUCCAGGCACAGAAUGGACCCACCACCAGCCUGGCCAGCCUCCUGUGAAAACAAACCCAUAACUAUCAGGACAAUGUGUUUGAAAAAGAAAGAGGGGAGGGGGAGGGGGAAAAAAAGCCAAAAAAAGGAGAAAGAUUCAUGCAAAAAUCUUUUCUUUGAAGAAAAGGCAGCAAAUUCCUCUUCUAGUGAGGGCCUUGUAGGAAACAGAUUGCAUAAAGACAACGUACAUUUCAUAGACUUGUGAAGUGAGAAGGGCAUUUUAAGCUGCUUUUACAUGAUGUGUGUGAAUAUACAGCUAGUGUGUAUAUAGCUGCUGGUUUUAAUCUGCUUUCCUCUCACUGAGAAAUUAAGGUUUAUUAGUCCAAAGGACAUUUGUUCCUUACAUUGUUAGCUACCUGCUUUUAUAAAGAAACCCUGAAGCCAGGGAAUGGAGAGGAAUCAGGAGUCUGGAAUACUGGUUGUAUUCUAAAUGCUUCCCCUUCCCUGGGGUGUGAUGCCUGCCAGUUGUUCCCUGCUCCCUUCCACUCCUGGGAUGAAUGGGAUUCAAUCACAAUUGAUUGUAGGCUGCCCUAAAAGCUGUAGAUGGGAGUUCCUGAGGGCAAUAUUCUUCCCUUCUCGUUGUCUGUGAGUCGUUGGCAGUGCUGUUUGUAGGCUGAGAUGGGGGAGUUCUGAGUGGUCACAUCCUCAGGGUGGCUGCUGGGUGAGCAGAGCAGGUUCCACCUCUCAUGUUCGUGGCUGUGUGACAAUGUGCCACCACUCUGUCCCUGGGAGAGUCCUUCCUUCUGUCUCCCUGCAUUGAUGUCUGGCCCCACACAGGGUAAGGCAGAACCACAGCUCUCUCCAUCUCUUGUUACUUUGUUGUGUACAGAAGAGGGAAAGUUCUUGUCCUUGUGUUGGCCAAGCAACUGGGAAAGAGCAUUUUGCAUCUUGACUGCAGCCUCACUGAGGAAGGCAGCAUCUGUGCCUUAAUGAUUUUUACAAGUCAGAGUUAAACCAGGUGGUUAAAACCCAAAGCCAAGAUAAGCCAGAGGCUUGUGUUACUAAGUUCUAGCCUUGCCCUUGGCAAAACCUUUGCUUUCCAAACUUUUCUACAUUAACUUCCCUGUUCUGAGGGGCUUUUGAGUUCUUCAGCUAUCAGUUCUGCCUGCAUUUGCCUCUGUGGCUGUCUCAACUCAGGAGAGAUGAGGCCCAAGUUUGUUGUGCAGAAAACGGUGUGAGAGUUGUUAAUUCCAUGAAGCAUCAGCAGCUUUAUAGGGAUGAUCUGUGCCAGUCUGCCCUAGCACCCUGUAAAAGCCUGUGAGGUCCAUGGGGUUGAAUAAAAGUGUUGUUUUUUCUCUCUUGUUAGCUCUGCAUAUUUAUCUCCCAACUUAAAAGGGGGAGGGAAAGGAAUCUGUCAGAAAAAUUACUUGUGUAGGUCUUCCUGAGACUGUUUCCUGAGGGAAGAGGAGAGAAUUUUAGAGGAAAUACUUGAUCCUCUCACAGCUUCAGAACUUUUACUGUGGCAGGAAUGCUGUGAAAUCUGGCUUGAAUCAUGGAACGGUUUGGGUUGGAAGAUCACCUCAUCCAACCCCCAGUGAUGAUGCUUUUUCAACAGCAGCUCAAAGACAUUGGCUUUGAGUAGUUCAAACUCCUCAGAUUCUACCCUUAAAUGAUAUCAAGGGGAGACAUGCUUGUCCAACAACCAGAACAGGAUUUUAUCUUGCCUGUCCUGGAUGUGCAAUGCCAACUUAGCUCCUGUUCUCAGACAUUCCCUCUUGCAGAAGCCAUGUGUAUUUUAGGCCUUGUUAAAUCUCCCACCAGGGAAAACAUGGCCUCAAAAUUGGUAUAGGGAGAGAGUCUUAUUGCUGGGUUUACAAGGAAAAGAGUCUGAGCUGUUAAAAGUGUCCCUUAGAACUCAUCAAAUAUGAAAGAGGUUUGUGAGUUAGGGUACAGGGUAUCUGGAGGUAGCAAAUACAGGGAGAACCCACAGGGAUGGUGCCUGUUCUGCACCUGCUCACUCAGUGAGAUCCUGUUCUGUGCCACCCAUCCCUCGUGGUCUCCUGUCACCUCCAAGGCUUUGAGCUGUGGAACUGACAGCCCUCCCUCCAUGGCAUUCCCAUGGAAGCUGCCUGCCCCAUGCCAGCCCCUCCCUGGCAGCCCUGGUCUGUGGCCACAGGAGGUGGGAGGUCUGAGACAGCACAGCUCCGUCAGCUCAGCAGCCAUCGUGGGUUUUGAUCAGGAAUGGUCAGGUCAGUCUUACCUUGGGAAUAUGGACACCCCAUGGGCUGGGUUAAGCCUCUCCCCUUUUUUUUUGGGUGUGCAUGAGCAGCAGUGUCUCUCUUUGGCUCUUCCCUCCAUAAGUCACUCAGUUGCAAGAACUUAGUCCCUGGUUUUGAGCCCCUGAAUGCAAUGGCCAUCUCCUUGACACUGUUCUUGGCAGCUGAGGAAUGAGCAGUAACUGUAGAAGAUGCACUUCAAAGUCUGCUAGAGACCCAUUCUCGUGAUCCAGGUAUUCUCUUUGUUGUCAUCCAAUCUGAGGCUGUUCUUUAACUGCUGACAUCCCCCAGUCACAACUGUCAUAAACUGCUUUAAAUGGUGGCCAAACAAGUGCUGCUUCUAUAAGGCAAGAGUAAAAAAAUCCCAACUCUAGAGAGCUGUGGUUUGGGCUGAGUUGAAGAAAAAGCAUUCUGGCAGGAAGUGAGGUGUCCAGCAGUGCCUGCUGGGGCAGCUGCAUCUCCUGGCCUUGUCUUGGGAGCCCUGCAGAGCUGAAGGUCAUGUUGCAGGACAGCAGUCAGCAGUGGCAGUUCUCUGGCUUCUCUUGGUACUUGUGUGCAAGCCAGGCAGCUUUGUAGUGAGAAUCUCCUCUUGUCUGUCGAGGAGGGAAGGAAGCACUUGAGGGAAAGGCAUUCUGCUCACUCCUGAACCACGUGCUAAACGUGGGAGCUGAACUCAGGAGGAGCAACGUGGGAUUUCCCUGGCUGGGACAGGCCACUUUGGCCCGUGCUCUGCUCUCAUCCUGCAGCCUGCUGGAGCCCAGUGCUCCACUCCCUUCCCAGAGUCCCUCUUCCCAGCACAGAGUUUAAAAAAACAAAACAAAAUCAUGUAAAUUUGCAAAUAACUGGGUGAUUUUCUAUCUCUAAAAAUCCAAUGUACAUUUGUUACAAUGUACAGUGCUUUUUAACUACACUUGUAUAUUAAAUUAUUUAAUAGUUUUUGCUUUUCAGUAUCUUUUGUAUGUAGCAGAGAUUAAAACAAGGACCUCAACCUUGAAGUUCUUCCUCAUUUUCCAAUGCUCAUGUAAAGUUGAACAGAAAACUAGAAGUUUACAGUUUACAAACAAUGUUCUGUUAAGUGCUUGGUCUGUUUAACUUCAUUUGAACAACAGAUUUCUAAGUCUUUCUUGUCCAACCCUUUAAUUGUCCACAGAAACCACCACGAAGUCUUUUAUGAACUUCUAAAAAAAAGAGAAAACUUAUUCUUCUAAAGAUGUAAUUUAGAGAACUGUACAGUUUUUUUUUUCCUCUAGUAUUUUUAAAUGAGUAGCCAGAACUUACACAGAAGCAUCUAAUCACUGUUUUGUAGAUAGUGUACAAACUUAUAUGUGUAUAGAGAAUGCAGCCUGGAAGCGUUUACCUGUGGUGUUGUUUCAUUUCCUACAGUAAGAACAGCAGAAAAGGCCCAUGCACACAGGAAAUCUCCAUCAAAUCUGGUGGCUGGGGGAUUAAAAACAUUCAUUUUCUUAAAUCCUAAACUUUAUCCUCUUGUCACCCCCCAUCCCUGUCCCACCAAAAGCCAAACCAGCCAUUGCUAAAGCAUCAGGGCCUCGAGGUGCUGUGCUGCCUGGGACACCCAGAGUCCAGCACCAUGUACCCCCCCACUGUUAUGUCACUGCUUUAAUUUUACUCAGUUGGGGUUUUUUUCCCCCUCAAAUUCUUCAGAAAGGAAGAAUGAAUGUCCCAUUUGCCUUCAGACAUUGCCCCCUUUCCCCAGCACGUUUCCAGCAGCUCUCACCCCGAUGCUGAGGGGUGAGUGGAAAUCGUGUCGCUAAUUCAGGCUGUACUUGGAGAAAUCAGGAUGAAAUAAACCCCCUCUGUGCUCUUCUACUGUCUGUCUUUAGCAAAGUGUAUUUAAUUGUUUCCCUGCAGUGAACCUUUCAAUGUUCUGUCAGGUUUGUAGGAUGUAUGGUUCUGUGUCUGUAGUGCUUCCCUCCCUCCCCAGCAGGACGUGUUACCUUCUGCAGUGCUCCUCAAGCUGUAAAUACAGUAACUCAUGCAAUGAGAUGGAACUGGGGGGCAUUUCACUUUGCCUUUUGUUUCCUCUCGUUUUCUAUAUUAGAAGAAUUUUUAAAUAAAGUUUAAUUUUACUUCUUCUAGCA